GCCAAGUCAGCAACCCAUUAAACCUCUUCAAUCUUCCCUUUUCUUUGGUCCAUAACCCAACAAAGCGAUAUAGGCGCCACCAUUCUGGCCAGCCCCUCACCGCUCCUUCAUCGACCCUCCCUUUCGCUUUUUUUCGACGUCUCCUUUUCGACUUUCGCCUAGAGUUCACCAAAGAUGGCAGGCAUCUACUCGAGGCGACAGCGCAUGGAGUCCUCGAGGAGCGUCGACAGCCUGCCCCUCACGCCGGCCGACGAGCACUCCUCGUGGCUCGGCGACGACGUCUGCGCCAACUGUGGAGCAUCAGUCCACGCCGGCCACCUCUACUGCAGCCAGCAGUGCCGACAACAAGACGCGGCAGCGGCGACCAGGGCAGCGCAGCUGUCAACGGCAAAAACGGCCUUGGCAUCGGCCGCGUCCGCAGCUGUGGGAUCCAGCGCGAUCGAGACGGCAACAGCAGCAGCUAGUACUGCCUCGCCCUCGCCUCCCCUCAACACCACAUCUACCUCUGCCCCCGUCGACAAGUUUCGCUACCCCUGCCCGCCCUCGCCCAGCAUCAUGGCCAAGUACAGCGCAGCGCUGACCUCGCCUGCGCUCACUGCCUUGGAGCGGUCCAUGCCCCGGGACAGCAAGGCAUGGAACGGCGGAGAAGCACAGACCGGGCAGAGCCGUGCGCCAGCAUCGACCCGUCGAAGCUCCUCCAGGUCCACCUAUUCGUCCACCUCCGAAGCCAUGUCGACGGACCCGAGCACGCCCUCGCCUGCUCUUGUCUCGUCUCAUCGCGGCAACGGUGCUGACGAUGACAUCGAAGACUGGGAGCCCACCGACCUGCACCUGCCUCCCUCGGUCGUUUCACCGUCAAACAAGCCCUCUGCUGCCACGGCCUUCCUCCUCACCAAAAGCCACAACAAAGAUAAGGGAGCGGCGGCACCGGCUCUGCAUUCGUCUGCUGCAUCGACAACGCCUCCCCGAAAGGCUCCCGGUCCUGCCAUGUUGGCCAAGAAGGACAUCGACCCGAGCAACAACGAGGGUAAUGCAGCCGGCAUGAGCUUCGCCAGGCGUCCCAGCAGUACCAACCUGCCACCGCCUGUCUUGUUCACCUCGCCUGUCCUUGCGACUACGAUCAAGUCUUCGCACGUCCAGGGCAAUGCCAGGAAUGCCAAUCUGCAACUCUCCAGCUUCCGUCGCCGGUCCGAGGACAAGAUUCUGCGCGCCAGCCCUCCCACCUCGUUCAAGCCUGACACGGCAGCAUUGGCGAGGCGUCAAGCCGAAGCCGUGCCCAUGUCCUCGACCAAGUCCAUCGAUCAAGGCUUGUCUCGCAAGCCCUCUUGGUCCCCACCUCAGCUCGCAUCGGCCGCCAGCUCGGCAGGCAAGACGCUCAAGGCCAUGAGUCCCCUGACCUCUGUGUUGCCCGUGGUCCAGACGGUCUGUGGCCGCUUUGGUUGCCAGGGUGCAUCGAGCCACGUUGCGCCCCUGGUGGAAGCCCAGGCUGUGCCUUCGAGGAGCUACAACAAGGAUCGCACCGGCCACGACGAGGCCACCGUGCCUCGGUCCGCAAUGAUGUCUCGACACAAGCACACGCACAGUGCCAUUGCCGGUCUUCAGUACCGGCCAGCCGCAUCGCCUCGAGACGAAAUCAAGGCACAGCAGGAGCACACUAAGCCUACCAACUCCCCGCCGCCUUUCAAGGACGAAGAAGAGCGCAUCGUGCCCAGCCGAGGCCGCUCUCAUGCUCGUGGCCGUCGAUCGGUCUCGCGGCGCAGUCCCUCGCCGCCUCGCGGUGCGGCUCGUCGCGGUCGCUCUGAGGACUUGCUCAUGUCGAGGCACCUCAACCGCGCGACGCCCUCGGCCUUUGUGGCCGUUGAGCACUCUGCUUCUCCGUCGAGCUCCGACAAGUCUGGGCCCAUCUCCAUCUCGCGCAACGAUGCAGCUGGCCGCCAGUCGUCUUCCGGCGCAAGCGGUUCUGUCGUCGCAGAGUCUCACCGUCGUGGAAGGAGCCCUGGCGUCCGCAAAGGCAGCCGUCGCGCAGCUUCUCCGUUGCCCUCGGCAUCGUCGCCUGUCAGGAAGCCCACCUCGCGCGGUCGCGAUCACGUCAGGCUCUGGACCGAGACUUGCGAGAUGGCCUGGCCUGCUUACGGACACGAUCAGUCCGACAUGGACGCCGACGGUAGCAACACGAGCAAGGCCCUGGCCACUCAUGCUCACGAACAACAACGCGGUGCCAGGCUCGAAGGCGAGGCAGCUGCCGUUGUCGCUGCCGAAGCCGGUGGCUACGACGAUGUCGACCUCGACGAGCUCUGAGGACUCAAACCUAACUGAACGAAACAAAAAGGGGAAACAAACGAAACGGGUCUCCAUCACUUCUCGGCACAAAAACACAUUGUAAUACUACCACCCACAUUCUUCUCACUGCUCUCACCACAUCACAAAAAAAGUCAUUGUCAAACAACACACAUAAUCACACACACACACACAUUCACAACUCAUUCUGUCUUGUCCAUUUCCCAGUCCAA